UUUUAAGGAAUGUGUAACGAGCUAUGCCGUGCACAGUGGUAGAGGAAUAUAGUUCUCGAAGUGUGAUAGCCACCGGUGCAAAGCUGUUUGCAAAGAAGGUUGCAAGUGGUUUGCUUACUGCCAUAAGAUGAAGCGAGAGAAUUCAUGGCAACUGACAAGCUGUUACAAGAAACACACAUGCUCUAAGGCCACCAAGAUUGGUAUAAUGAGUUCUCAGUGGCUAAGUAAGGCUUUUAUGAAGAAGAUCUGUGAAAACCUGAAAAUCAAGUUGAGAAGUUUGAUAAAGAAGGCUCAUAGCAAGUGGAAUGUGGAUCUCACAAUGACCAAAGCUGCCAGAGUGAAGCAGCAAGCCCUGGAUGAAAUAAAUGGUACCUAUGGAGAGCAAUAUAGGAGGAUUCAUGACUAUGCUGCGGAGUUACUGAGGUCUAAUCCAGGGUCCACUGUUCAGAUACAAGUGGAGAGACCUCCUGAAUUUGGGUUAAAGACACCACCUCCUGGUACGGACCUGAGACCACGAUUUCAGAGGAUCUAUAUCUGCUUGGAAGCUUGUAAACGGAGUUUCAUGGUGUGCAGACCCAUGAUUGGCCUUGAUGGAUGCUUCAUCAAGACUCCAUAUGGGGGUCAACUGCUAACAGCAAUUGGAUGGGACCCCAAUAAUCAGAUUCUGCCAAUUGCCUAUGCUGUUGUUGAAGCAGAGACGAAAGAUUCGUGGAGAUGGUUUUUGUUGAAUCUGUGUGAUGAUUUGGGAGUUGAUAAGAUCAGAUGGUGUACAUUCAUGAGCGACCAACAAAAGGGAUUGAUCCCAACCUUUGAUGAGUUGCUGCCUGGCAUAGACCACCGUUUUUGUGUCAGGCACUUAUAA